AUGAAGACAACUUCUUUGGUCAUUGCGCUGGCUACGGCUGCAUUCGCUCAGGAAAAGACACUGUGUGAACAAUACAGUACCCAUUCAAGCGGCGCCUACAGUGUCAGCAACAAUCUUUGGGGGAAGGAUUCUGGAAGUGGCUCUCAGUGCGCUUCCGUCAAAUCCGUCUCGGAUUCGGGCGUCUCAUGGUCCACCACUUGGAACUGGUCCGGUGGUGAGAACAAUGUGAAGAGCUACCCUAACUCGGGCUUGGUUGGCCUGAAGAAGCAGCCCGUCAGCGACAUUAGCAGCAUCCCCAGUUCUGUGAAGUGGAACUAUGACAACACCGACAUCCGCGCCGAUGUCGCGUAUGACCUUUUCACCGCAGCGGAUAUCAACCACGAUACUUGGAGUGGUGACUAUGAACUCAUGAUUUGGCUGGCUAGAUACGGCGCAGUUCAACCCAUCGGUUCCCAGACUGCGACGGUUACGGUUGGGGGCACCAAAUGGGAGCUUUGGAGUGGCGCCAAUGGCUCGCAGAAGACGUACAGCUUUGUCGCUUCAAACCCUAUUACAUCUUGGAGCGGGGACAUCAAGGAGUUUUUCGAUUACCUGACUGAGAAGGAAGGAUUCCCAGCCAAAACCCAAAACCUCAUCACUGUGCAAUUUGGGACAGAGCCAUUCACUGGCGCGAAGUCUACCUUCACGGUGUCAAACUGGUCCGCUAAGGUGGAAUAA